AUGGGUGUGAAGGUCAUGGUGAAUGAGGGCUUUCUGUUUGACUUUUUCCAUCACCAGAAUCAGCUGACAACAGAUCAGGUGUUAUGUUUUCCAGCUGUUUUCUACCCAGCAACUAAGGAGGACAUGUCUGCUUUCAAUGGAUCCAGAACACUGCACCAGCAGUUUGAGAGCUACAAACAGGAGGUGCGUCGCAUCGGGGGGGAUACCCGGCGCCAGCCCCCGCAGCUGAAGGACGACGCGCCCACCUGCGGGAUCUGCCGCAAGACCAAGUUUGCAGACGGCUGCGGCCACCUCUGCUCCUACUGCCAGACCAAAUUCUGUGCUCGCUGCGGAGGGCGGGUCUCUCUGCGCUCCAACAAUGAGGACAAAGUGGUUAGCAUCUAUUUUUUUGUGUUUUCUCUAUGCUGUGAAUGUGAUGUUUGUUCCCCCUGACAAAUGCUGGCUUUGUUCAAAUCAGGAACUGAGAUCUCUCAUGAUGACAUGAUAGUAGGUAGUUUAGUGUCUUCCAUAUUGGCCAGACCUUUCCCAGCUGGAAAAUAAAGGUCGAAAAGCAACAAUAUGAGAUGCAAGAGAGCAAGCUAUCCGAUUGGAACGCAGCCAGAGUGUGUACAAAUCCACUUAUAGAUGACUGACUUAACUGAGCAGAGGGAAUCCCUGAUAGGUCAUGCUUUUGAUUAACUUUGAUUCUCAGGGCAUUUACAGUACUGUGUGGGGAGGAGCUGAACUGUGUCCUCCGAGGAUUUCCCCCAGUGUAAACCCUGUCUAACUCUGUGUCCGUUGUCUGUCUCCUCCCCUUGCAAAGUGUCUCAUAGUGAAAGACAGGGUAAGGCUUACUGGGUGAUGGAUUUUGCUGCAUGGGUCACUACUUUUGUCUCCCCUUCACACUUGGGUCUGUGCUCAUUCACAGUGUCAAACAGUAAACCAGACCCACUAUCUGCCUCAUAGAUCAUUGUAGUAAAGCGGCCCCAGGGCAGCUGGCUGCUGAUCCUGCAUCAGUACUCUGUGUAAUCCUGAGAAUGAAUGCAGACCCUGAAAAUCGACUGGAACACGAGCAUGAGGCAUACAGAGGGGACCCCUCCGACCCAUCCUGACCCCUCUUCCUAUGGCUGUAGGCAUGUCUGUGCUGAAAGGGAUCCAGUGGAACCUGGUUUAAAAUCCUUGAUAAAUUGGGAUGGGAGAUUGGCAUGCAUAUGAGAAAGCACUCUACCUACAGACCAUGUAUCUGAAUGCAUAAUGAAUGCACACUCAUGCCUGUGCAUGCUUUCCCUGCCUGUGUGCUUGAGAGCAGACCUGCCCUGCCAUGGGGAGACGGGAGAGGCCCAGUCAUUGUGUCACUUUGUCCACUUACUGUACCACUUCCCCUUAAUGCUUGGACCCUGCAAAAUGUUGUUACUGCUGAGCCCUGUCAAAGUCAGGAAGAGAAUUUUAGAUUGGGAUGUCGCUGAGUCCUUGAAUUGUCAGAAAUAGGAUUCAUGGUUUGACUGCGCAUAUGCAUCCUUAUACAACUUAGGAAAUAAUUGGUGGCUCAUGUCCUUUAAACAGGCUUUUGAUAAUGGUUUACUAACUGCCAACUCAUCAAAUACAGCAUCUCGGUCAGUGACCACAUGGCACACACACAAACGCUGCUAGGAUGAGUUUAGGACGUUCAUGGCUGCCUCCAGUGGCUGUAGUUCAUCAUAACAAAGCAAAAGAAGAAGAAAGUAAAUUAAUACACCGUGACAAAGUUCAUAUAGGGAGGAGUUUGGGGUGGAUGGGUCAAACAAAUGAGAGCCGUAUGUGUCAUGUGUGAAACUGAAACUCUAUAUACUAACCAGAGGUCGCGUUAACCGAAUAUAUUCCGUCUAUGACGGAAUUCUUUUGACAAUGACGGAAAAAUCUGAAAGCAGUCCGUUAUUUUGACGGAUUAGAACAAACUCAGAACAGAGCCAAAAUUUCCCCGCAGCAGGGCUCCGGUGUUAUGCCCUUAUGUCGUUUCCAGACCUAACUAUGCCGUACAAAUCAUUGAAAUGUCUGGGAGUUUAUGUUUUACGCUGUGGCGCGCUCCCGCGAGGUGCAGUGGGCAUGCACAACACGGCAUAACACCGGCGCUAAUCCCACCCCCCCCCCGUUGACAGUGCACAAGCGUGCUCUUCCGCCCCCC